ACCCGGCAAGCUCUACUGCUUCUCUGUCUUCAAUCAUUUUGCACAAAAAACGAAGCAGAGAUCACUGAUCGGAAACUCAAAAACUGUGCUUUGAGCUCUCUCUAAAAUGCAACAAGGCGAUUACACCAGUUCCAAUCCCUAUUACCACUAUCCUCAGAACCCUAAUUUGGGCCAUAAUUCAGCUCCGAUCCCAAACCCCAUCCCAUCACCACCGUCAUACGCCUCUGCUCCGCCGUUCACCGCCACUUACAUUCCCUCUUCAGAUUACUCUUCUUAUCCCUCUUCUUACCCUCCCCCUUAUCCCGAUUUACUUUCCGCUGCUCCAGCACCUCCCUUACAAUCCUACAACCCUCCACCACCACCACCGGCGCCGGCACUGCAACAGCCUCAGCCAUCCUCUCCAUUUCCUUCAUUUGAAUCUCAUGCUCAUUCGCAGCCUCAACAGCCUUAUUAUCCUUCAGCUAAUUCUCCGUAUCCUUCAAAUUACCCAACUCAAUAUGAUCAGAGUGGGCCCUACUUUGAGGAAUCUGGGGAUAAAUAUGUAAAUUAUGGUUCGGGCAGAGGAGGUGAAUUUGGGCAAGAUAUUUAUGGUGAUGGAGUAUUUGCUUAUAAAGGUAGUAAAUUAGAGCCAUAUGGGGCACGAGGGACUGCUCCAAAGUCAUCAACUUGGUCAAGUUUUGAUGAUUUUGGAAGGCCAAUUGGGUAUAAUUCUUCUCCAAAGGGCAAAUUAUCAGCUCCAGCCGCGAAGAUCGUGAAGGCAGUACCCAAGGUGGAUACACAGCAGGAUGUGAAAAGUGGAGUGCAGAAGUUUAGAGUAAAGUUAUUAGCCGAAAGUGGACAGAGUACCCAGGAUGUUCUUUGCCAGAUUGGCUUGGAUGGAAUCCGCAUGUUGGACCCAAGCACUAGCCGGACGUUAAGAAUAUAUCCUCUUGACACGAUAACUAGAUGUGACGUAACUGAUUCAUCUACCUUUGCCUUCUGGUCAAAGAGUGUGGUGGAUAUAGAACCAAGGCGUAUCAGACUGCAGUCAAACAGUUACACAACCAGUACUCUUUUAGAUACAGUCACGGCAGCAACUGUACAG